CACAUACAUAACUCAGGCGCAAGGCUAAUGUAGAGGAAUUCCAUUGGACUAGAGCACUAAUUUUACAGUACAAGCAUUUGGCCAGCAGUAUCCUGUGGAAUAUCUCUAAGAUACACUGCUUUAUCACACAAAGUUUUCAACACAGCUCUCAAACUUCAGUACUUUACCCCCACUGCACUGGAACAUACACAAGGGAUCCUAAUCUGUGCCUAAGCACUAUAGCUCACAUACAUAUCCCAGCAACAAUAUAGUUUAUUACAGACACUGGACAUUAGUGCAGAAACAGGACAAAGUACUACUCGGGAAAUGCCUAUCCCAGGAAAGUAACAAGCAAGAAGAUAAGCACACGUGGUCUCACAGACAUGCAGCAGAAAAGGUUUAUCCAGUGUCUGAUAAUGCGCUCCAAGAACUUAAAAAAGUAUCUGCUGCUCUUGUGUUUGGUAACUCUUUUGGGACUUUUGGUUGCUCAAAGGGAUCAAAUCAUCUUCAAAUUCUCCAAGACUAUCACGAACCCCUAUUUGAGGUUUUCUAAAAUAGAGGGGCUGACAGAAGAUUUACAGGAGAACCCCAAUAAUAAUGAUAAUGAUUUAAAAGUUAUCGGAUUAUCAUCGAAUACAAACAACGAACAUUCAGACAACGUUACUAGAUCUCCAGCAACAACGACCGCGAAACCUCCAGUGCUGACCACAAAAACUUCAAAAGUCACCAGCAAACCUUCAAAAUCUCCAUCGCAACCAACAAAACUCAAACAAGUCUCCACCACGUAUUCUUAUUUGGGGGAUGAAUAUGCAACAGAUUACACUUAUCUUAAUUCAAGCUGUCCAAACAGAACCAGAGAUAUACUGAAGAACAUAGAGUUUAAGAAUAUCUUCUUAGAGACAAUUCCAGUAUUGCAGUGGAAAAAACAUGCAACACAGUCAGAGUAUCGGAGGCUCCAAAGAUAUUUGGGAUCUAUGGGCUGGAUGGGGGUCACAUGGCACAUUUUGAAUGAGACUCUACAUAUGGUAAAUUCCUCUGAUGCUGGGUACCUGUUUGAUAAUUGGAAGGGACGUGCUCCGUGUAUUCGCUGUGCAGUGGUGGGGAAUGGUGGCAUACUAAAUGGAUCCAACAUGGGAGCGGAGAUUGAUAGUCAUGACUUUGUAUUCAGGGUUAAUGGUGCUACCAUUGAAGGGUUUGAAAAAGAUGUUGGAAAUCGUACAUCAUUCUAUGUCUUCUCAAUCAACACAAUGAUGAACUCUUUAAAUGCCUAUAGGAAAUUAGGAUUCAAGAAAGUCCCACGCACACCGGAAACUCAUUAUCUUGUGUUACCAGAUAAUGAAAGAGAUUAUCUUCUUGUGCGAGCGGCUCUCAAUAAAAGUGUAAUUGACAGGGGCCAUGACAAAAAUAAACGUCCAUCAGACUUUUUUGGUGAUAAUAUAACUAUGGAACAUUUUAAGAUUCUGCACCCUGACUUCAUGCGUUACCUGAGGAACAGAUUUCUCUGGACCCCAAUUUUAAACACAAAGCAUCGCAACAUAUACCGCCCCACCACAGGAGCCUCCAUGCUACUUGCAGCAGUACAUACAUGUGAUCAGGUAAGUGCCUAUGGAUUUAUUACUCCAAACUAUGCCAAGUUCUCAGACCAUUAUUUUGAUACCACCUACAAAAAGGUGGUAUUCUAUAUGAAUCACAACUUCCUGAAGGAGCAGGACCUCUGGCAGAAGUUGCACAAAGCUGGGGUCAUUAAAUUGUAUAUGAGAGACUAAGGAAAAAAAGGACAGCAACUUAUAAAUAUUUUACCAUCAAUUCCAGGAGAUAUGGGAAUUAACCUAAUUAGCACUCUUAUGGGGCAGCAUCAAAUGGAUAUAUAGAUGAUGUCCUCUUUUAAUUAAUUGUCUUACCGGAAGCUCUGUUCUGGAGAAGCAUUGACAAUUGGAGAAUUUCUCUAUCAGCCCUUCCAGAAAGAUUGUAUUAAGAUAUGAGUGUGACCUGAUACCUCUCCUGUUUUUGGAAAACCUUUUUUUAUGGCAAGACAUAUUGUACUGGGGAAUUACUGCCUAUGCCAGUAUCCUGCUUUCUGCUCUAUCAGGUGUAUUGGCGUUACCCUGUGCUAUACUAUUGCACACUAAACAAGAACAUAUGAAGUCCAUUUAGAUAUACUGUACUGGGAAAACACUGGAGCCACAAACCUGUCAAAGGCGUUUCAAUUUCUUUUUGCCAAAUUUGUUAGAGCAUUUUAUUUCUAAAUAAAUUCCAGUCAGUAUUUGUUUAACUUAAACUAAUGGGUUAAAUACAUAGUCAAAGGCAAGGCCCAAUGCUCUCAUGCUGAUCCAGAUUAGUAUACAAUUAUUUAAAUCACACACAUAAUUAACUUAUAUUAUUAGUUAAAGGGACAUAAUACCCGAAUGUUGAAGCACCUGAAAGUGAUGCAGCAUAGCUAUAAAAAGCUUAAUAGAAAAUAUAACUGAACAAUAAUAUUAUUAAAGAUAUUUACCUCAAAAUUUAAGCUGCCAGUCAGGAUGCUUGCCCCAGGACAAGCUAGGGAGUGUGCAUCUGGCAAAUCUCAUGAGAUUACUGCAAAGCAAUGCAAGACCUCAGCUUAUUGGCUAUUGUGUUUUUUACAGCAGCUCAAACCUUUCACAUAGCACUUACUCUGGUAAGCUGAAGAACUUUUGAGGUAAAAUAUCUUCCCUUUUUACAUAGAGAUGUUCAGCUUUUUACAGUCAUGCUGCAUCACUUUCAAGUGAUUUAGCUUAUGUGUAGUAUGUCCCUUUAAGUGAAAAAAAUCUUAAUUGAAACACAUUAGACAUUCAUUAUCAGUACUGAAUCCAUUAUUGAGCACUUUAUCCCUUCCAUAAAGGUCUAGCCUAAAACAUGUUUGUUUUCUAUAGUUUGAGUGUUUAUCUAUUUUCUUGUUAUAUAUUAAAGGGACAGCAAAUCACUGCAAUUUAAGAAAUAUUAAACUGCGUGACACAACUGGUUUCUACUACCCAUUCUAUUGUUUUUCAUCCUGUUCUUCUUUUAACCUUUUACUGGUGCCAGUUGGUGAAGCCCUGCAUUUUCAUACUGUGCACACCAUCUUAGAGCUCAUAUAUUCUUGCAACCUGUGAAAGAAGUGGUGAAUACUCGCAGAUGCUGCCAGCAUUUUUAUAUUGUGCACUUUGGGUUAGUACACACAAUAAAGAGUGAGGGUUACAUUUUUUGCAGUAUUAAAUACAUAGUUACAUAUGUUACAUAACAUUUCAUAUAUAUAAGAAGGUCACAUGAAUAAUAUAGAGCAAUGCAACCACUGCAAAAAUGCUCCAACUCUGUAUCAUGCACACUAACCUGAAGUGCACAAUUCAGCUGUCAAAUGCUGGCAAUGUCACUGAUCUGUGAAUACUCACUGCUUCUGUCACAUAGUGCAAGAAUAUCCAAAAUGGAAACAAACUGUUAUCAAGAUUUUAACCAACUUGGACCAGUAAUUGGUUUAAAAAAAGAGCAUGGCUUUGAAGAGAUCUGCAGGCACAUGGGAAAACAUAGCUUUGUGAGUAGUAACCAUGCUAUUGUAAUUGUGCCCAGUAGUUUAAUGUCCCUUUAAAAGGCUUUCUCAGAACAUUUGCAAUAAAUUUACAUUUCAGCAAUGCCUUGAGUGCACUGCAAUAGGGCUGCUGUCCCUUUAAUUCAUAAUUCAAUUGGUUUUAUUCAUUCAAACUAUGGUUUCUUCCAAUGGUUGUAAUGACUUAAACUCACCGAAGCUGUCAUAUGAUUUCAUACGAGUGCUAAUGAGGUGACAUGAGGACAUAGAGGAACAAAGGAAUUUGUUUAAAAGUAACAUGCUCUACUGAAAAACAGCAUUGUAUUUUUACACUAGAAUGUCUCUUAAAUUUAUAUAAAUGGGGUGUUGUAAUAUUUUGUAUUAAAUAAUUGGGAUAAUGGGAUGAAAAAUGUAAUUUAAUUAUAAUUAUUUGAUGCACUUUUCACAAGUGACGUUAAUUGUGAAGUUGACAAUAUGUGAUUUUCUUUGUAACUCCUAAAGGGACAUGAAACACUUUGACAUUGUAAGAUAAAAUGUUUAAUUAUGUAUAGUUAAACAAUAUGCUUUUGUUAUUUAUUUUGUCUCCUUUUCAUGUAAUUUAAUUUUCAAAAUUGUGGGUUUACCAAUUCUAAGAAUUGAAAGUGCACACUGCAGAUUUCAAAAGCAUAACCCUACCCCCUGCCUGUCCCUAAUUGGCUCCAUCAGAUGUGAUCAGAUACAAAUCUGCAAAGCAAUGAUAGUUCUGUUAACAUAAUGACAUUAGCAAGUUAUCUACUACAGUAACAAGUCUUGAUUGGUGGGUGGAAUUUGGCUGUUUAAAACAACUGCAGCCAAAAUGGUGUUAAUGCAUUCAAAACUGUUCACACUCACUUAGUAUGUUGAUUUAUUGUAUGACUACAGAAAAAUCUUGUAAUUAUUAUGUUUACUGCCCCUUUAAUGGUAAUCUCACUGGAUGAGGUUAUGGGGCUUUCAUAUAAAAAAUAAAUAAAUAACCUGGGUAAGGGAUAUGUGUUGCUCUAAUAGUGUAUCAUAUUAGAUAUUUACUGUAAAUGAUUUGAACGUUACAUUAAAAAAGUUUACGUGUAUUUAAAUACAUUUAUAUACCUUUAAGAAAUGAGGAUAAAAUAUUGUUAAAUAUUGUUAAAGUUUUUGCACUUCUAUACAAAAAGGGUGGUUGAUUCAUGGAAAAAAAAAUCCACUUCAGGAGUUAAAGGGACAUUAAACACUUUAAGAUAUUAAUAUAAAUUGUUUAAUUAUUUGUAGUAAAACAACUUUGCAAUAUA